UUUCCUGCAGGUGGCCAGCUGUGGUGCACCACCACCAAGAACAUGAUGGAGGGCGAGGAGCUGGUGGCGUUCGCCGUGGACUUCGACUCGCGCCUGCAGGCCGUCAACCAGAUGUCCCUGAGCGAGGGCAUGUACCCGGCCCGGCUGCUGGACAGCAUCCAGCUGCUGCCCCAGCAGGCCGCCAUGGCCUCCAUCCUGCCCACCGCCAUCGUCAACAAGGACAUUUUCCCCUGCAAGGCAUGUGGAAUCUGGUUUCGGAGCGAGAGGAACCUGCAGGCCCACCUCAUGUACUACUGCAGCGGGCGGCAGCGGGAGCCGGAGACGGUGGUGGAGGACAGCGACGGCGGGGCCCACCAGACCCCCAGCACCUGCCCCUUCCCCCAGUGCAGCAAGAGCUUCACCGGAGCCCGGGCCCUGGAGAUGCACUUAAGUACCACGCACAGUGGUGUCAAAAUGGAAGAGAGCCUCCCUCCUGGCACCAGCUUGAAAUGCACAAUCUGUAACUACACGGCAGAUUCUCUUAUUACAUUCCAGCAUCACAUCAUGUCUCACCUGUCACAGGCGGCCUUCAGAUGCAAUCACUGCCAUAUCAGCUUCCAGAGCCACAGGGAACUCUUACAGCAUCAGGACUUACACGGGCACGGCAGCAAACUUCACAGGGAGGGCGACGGCACCGAGCAUUCCCCCAGGGGGCCGGAGGAAAGCCUCCAGCAGCAGCAGCAGCAGCAGCAGGCCCGCGCCGAGCUGGCCAACAGGAAGGAGGCUCUGCUGGGGAGUCCCAAAGGGGCCCUCAGCAAGGAGACCGGCACAGACGGAGACGCUGACAAGGCUGAGAAGAAGCCCAUGCUGUCUGCUCAGAAGGGAGAGGCCCACCCGGGCAGCAAAGCCAGUUUUUCUUACACUAGGAUCAAAUCCGAGCCCUCCAGCCCUCGGCUGGCCUCCUCCCCCGUGCAGCAUAACAUGCCUACGUUUCCCAUGGGCCCCUUCUUGUCUCAGUUUGCUUUCUCCCAGGACAUUUCAGUAGUCCCGCAGGCUUCGGAGAUCCUCGCUAAAAUGUCAGAGCUGGUGCACCGGAGACUACGCCACGGAGGAAACAGCUACCCGCCCGUCAUCUACAGUCCACUCAUGCCCAAGGGGGCCACGUGUUUUGAAUGCAAUAUCACCUUCAGCAACCUGGAUAACUAUCUGGUGCACAAAAAGCACUACUGUAACAGUCGCUGGCAACACAUGACGAAGUCCCCCGACUUCUCGGCCCUGUCGGAUAAGGUCUCGGAGGCGGUGAGCCCCAACAGCGGUCACAGCUCCGUGAACAUGUUGGCCGGCUGCCACCCGACGGAGGCGGACGGCCACCUCAUGCAGUCGGCAUGCCUGAACUCCAACGUGUUGGACAUGCUCAACGCCGGGGCUAAAGGGCCCGAUAAGGAUCUAGCGGCGCAGGUGAAGAAAGUGUCCACCCCGACCGGCGCCGAGGAUCGGCUCAACGGGAAGCAAAUGGAGGGGAAAAGCCCCACGACGGGUUUGGUGGAGAGCGACAAUGAUCCCAACAAGACGACGUGUGAAGCCUGCAACAUCACCUUCAGCCGCCACGAGACCUUCAUGGUGCACAAGCAGUACUACUGCGCCACCCGCCACGACCCCCCCAUGAAGCGCAUGUCCGCCAACAAGGUGCCCUCCAUGCAGAGAACCAUGAGGACCCGCAAGCGCAGGAAGAUGUACGAGAUGUGUCUCCCCGACCAGGACCACCAGAGGCCUCCCAUCUCUCAGCCCGGGUUCCUCGGGGUUCCCCCCAUGAAUCCCUGCACGUCCCAGGAGGCCGUGGAGAGCCUCGCCGACCGCUUUCACCCGCGCUGCGACAUCUUCCCGGGCAUGGUACCCAAACACCUGGAGGCCUCUCUGACCGUCACCAAACCCAUCCUGCCCCCCAAAUGCAACGAGCAGCAGGAGCUGGACGCCCCCAUCGAUCUCAGCAAAAAGUGUUCGCCCAUCCCCGACAAGACGUGCAGCUCCCCCAAAAGACUUUUGGACUAUCACGAAUGUGCAGUGUGCAAGAUAAGUUUCAACAAGGUGGAGAACUACCUGGCGCACAAACAGAACUUUUGCCCCGCGACGGCAGCCGCCGCUGCAGCUGCGGCGGCGGCUGCGGCGGCGGCUGCUGCUGCGGGCGCCAACGCUCAACAACCGCAACAACCGCAGCAGAAACACAACGAGGAGUCUAGCAUGUUCCCGGAUGUGAAGAGCGAAGGGAUUACCAGCCCCGAUGACGGCUUCGAUAAGAGUCCUGGCAAAUGUGAGAAAAACGGAAACGGGAAGGCGCUGGUGCAGAAUGGAGGCAUGUUCCCCCCUCACCUGGGGCCGGCGGCGGGACUCAAGUCUUUUAAUGAGCCCCAGCUCAUCCCGGCAAAAGACGAGAACAAGAACAUGUUUCUGCCCCACUGCCUUUAUCCCGGAGCAAUAAAGAAGGUCAAGGGUCCCGAGCAAAUAUCCCCGUACUUUGGGACAAAGCCGGUUGAUUAUGUGGCUGGGGGAGCGGUGAUGCAGGGAGAGGCCGGGGAGCCGGAGCAGGGGGUGAACGGGGGAGGAGGGGACACGGGGACGGCCAGGGAGCAGCCCCCGCAGCCGGCCGCCAACGGCUGCCCCCACCCCGGCAAGGAGGCCCUGCCCCACAUGCCCAAGAACCGGGGCAUGGUCAUCGUCAACGGGGGGCACAAACCCGAGGAGCGCUCGGGCGCCGCGGCGCCGCCGCCGCCGCCGGACACCCAGCCCCAGCCGGACACCCAGCCCUCCAACCCCUCGCCCACGUGGGCCGCCGACGCCCAGGCCGACUCCAACGAGAACAUGUCGCCGCCCUCCAAGUCCCCGGGCGAGGAGGCGGCGCCCGCCGCCAACAAGGGCGUCAACGGCUCCGGGAGUGGCAAAUACUGCCGCCUCUGCGACAUCCAGUUCAACAACCUAUCAAACUUUAUAACCCAUAAGAAGUUUUACUGUUCAUCACAUGCAGCAGAGCAUGUAAAAUAAGAAUAAGACACGCCCUCCUCCUCCUCCUCCUCCUCCUCCCUACAUCUUUCCUCCUGACUUUGACUCCUUUUUUUCCUCUUUGUUUUGGUACACUGUCGUGUCUGGAAUAGUGCAUCAUGCAGUGCUACACGCUGCUUGUGGACAAUCAAGAGAAACGUCUUCUUUUUUCGUCGUUUUAAGACUUAAAAAUGCAAAACCAUUGGUUUAAAAAAAGAAAAAAAUGAAAAGAAAAGAAAAACAAAUCAAGAAUAAUAUUGGUGCCACAUCCACAUUAAUUUAUUUUACAAUCAGUAUUAAUAGGAGUAGUGAUCUUAAUUUAAAUUCAAAAUGAAAUUUAUAUCAGAGUUGUUUGUAAUGUUAUUGUAUAGUCAUUCUUGUGUAGCACACAUAUUGUUUACACUGUAAUGUAGGCUCAAUAAAACAAUAGACAACACAAAAACGAGAUGCAUUUUAGACACAAAAAUAGCGACUGAGGCACUUGUGUAUUCUUAUUUGCUGUACCAGUUUCUGUAUAUGCUCAAAAUGUCUCUUGCAGAUUGCUACUAAUGCCAGCCUUACAAAUCACCAUUUGGGGGUGAUUACCGGGCAAAACCCUGCAUCUCACGUUUUGGCAUACAUUCAUGGCUUUGCAUACAUAUGUGGCUGUUUGUCCCCGUCUCUUUUCUUCAUCAGAUGUGGAUGUUUUCAUGAGGAUGACAACAUUCUUGUAUAGUACUCGUAUUUCUGUUUGAUGAUACACUUUGGUCUCCCUUUUUGAAAUUUGCUCUCAAUGCAAUACUUUGUAAAUGGGGGAAAACGUUACUGAAAGCAGUAUUAUGAAAUGGGGACUGUGCAUAUAAUUAUUUGUAACCCCAUCGGGAAAAAAAAAAAAGAAGCUGUACAAGAAUUAAGUUUAUUGCUGACGAACAAGCUGGGUGGGAGGUCAGUGGGGGAUGCUGAUGUAAAAUGAUCAUUCCAAUGUCCUUAUUAUGGGAGAAAAUGUUUCUUAAAACGUUGUUGCUAUGCAUGUAUAUGGAUGGAAUUAAAUUCCAGAUCUGUUGGAAAUUUUUAUUUUGAUGUGGUGUCAUAAUUAAACUUAAA